AUGGAGAGAAAGAACACAGCCUGGAAUCUAGACUUCUGUAAUACAGAUAACUCCAACUUUUCUAAAACAGGCGUACUCCGUGGACAGAUGAUGAAUGGUACAUGCGCUAUUUUCAUCUGCAACAGAAAUCCUAAGCUGGAGUGGUACUGUUAUUUGCUGAUUCUGGUUUGCCUUUUCACUUUAUUAACAGGAUUUCUAGGCAAUAUACUUGCACUACGACACUAUGUUUACUGCAUGAAGACAUGGACUACCAAUACUAUAUUUCUCUUUAAUUUGGCACUGUGUGACUUUACUUGGACUCUCAUGGCACCUUUUUCAGUAUAUUACAAUAUCCAGAGGUUUGCUGUCUUUUUCAGUCAAGCGUUUUAUCAGAUCAUAGGACUAUUUUUUAGUAUUAAUAUCUAUGGAAGUGUGUAUUUCCUGACACUCAUCAGCUUUGACAGAUACAUAGGUGCUGUUCAUCCCAUCAGUUCAUUAACAUGGUGGGACAAAGAAAAGGCUGUGCUUUGCACCAUCGGGGUCUGGAUCAUCAUAGCGAUUGCAUCGGCGCCUGAGAUCUACUACACAGUUGCAGCUAGAAGAGAGCACAGCAUCACAAAUUAUCUGGAUAGCACUGAAGAACCUUUACAAUUUGCCGUGCCAUUCACACUCUCCAAAAUCAUACUGAGAUUCCUAAUUCCAGCCACAGUCAUCUUUACAUGCUACAUGUUGACUCUCAAAGCAUUACUGCAGUUCAGUAAACGUCAGCAAAGAAGGAACAGACUUGUUAGGCCUCUGUUACUGAUUUCAGCUGCUAUGAUUGUGUUUGCUGUUUCUUUCAUACCUUACCAUGUGAUGAUGAUGGUGAUACUAAUUUACAGAAUUAACUGUCAACCACCCUGUGGGAACAUGGGCACAUUAAGUGCCAUUUACAAAGUCACAGAGAUCAUCUGCAGCAUCAACAGUUGCCUUGACCCGAUCAUUUUUACUAUAGCAAAUAAGACAUUCUAUCAAAGAAUUAAAAGUAUAAAAUGCCAUCCCAAAUGCUAG